UUAGCUUUUCCCUUUUUUAUUAAGAAAAGGAAAAACCAAACCGAACCGAACCUUCCCCCUCCCAAUAUAAACUACCAAUUCCUAGCCCCUCUUUGCAAUUUCGUGUAUACCUAUAGCCGGAGAAGAAGGAUCAAAGAAAGCGAAACGUUGUUUUACAAUUAAGGGGAACGUUGUUUUACAAUUAUGCAAGAGGAAAUAGAAAAGAGCAGCGAUGUCAACAGCAGUAGCAAGAGCAGGAGAAAGAAGUUAAAGAUGUGGCUUUUUAGGAAGCUAAAGAUUAAGGAGGCAUGGAGAUGGAGAUGGAGGUUUUUGGGUUCUGCUUUUAAAUGGAAAAGAAUUCACUUUCAGCUAUCUUUUUUUGAUGAUAUUCUUUUCAAGGUUGUUUCUGUUGUCGAGGCUAUUGUUUUGGUGGCUACUUUGUGUUUCUUCUAUUUAUGUUGCGGCUGUCAUAUUUAAACUCUUCUGUAAUUAAUGUUGGGUUUUUUCCCCCUUAAUUUCCCUGUAAUUUUGUUGCCUGUGUAGUUUCAUUCUUCCUCGUAAAAGUAAAAGUUUAACUGAAAACUAUGUCAUUGGGUUAUCUCGAAGAUGUUGAGAGAGACAAGGAGAGUGGCGAGUGAUUUUGCUUUUAUGGAAAACCUGUCAAUGCAGGUGUUUGUCAAAAUUGCUCUGUCAGUUCCUCCGUGCAAUGGAAACAAAUGGGUUAUUUUGGGUUUUUGAGUUCUGAAAUGGAGCUGAUUUGAAACAGAGUUAUGGAAUAGAGAGUACUUGUCAAUGUUUCUUCUUUA